AUGACAGUAAGACAAUCUCGGAGCACCGCCGCCACAAACAAUCUCCCAGACACCGCUAACGUUAUUCUCGGCCUCUCCAACCUUAUCCGCGAGCAAGUGCAAAAUCAUCACAAUCAGAUUCAACAACUCCUUCAAAGCCGACAAACCCCACCUACACCUCAACCAAAUCCCCAAAGUCUAUACGAACGUUUUCUUCGCAUGAAACCCUCUAAGUUUCACGGUGAUCCCGACCCGGUCGUAGCCGAAGAGUGGAUCAAAUCUUUGGAAGUAAUCUUUGAUUACAUGCAAAUGGAUGACCGUGAACGAGUGCACUGUGCCCUCUUUUUACUUCGUAACGAAGCCCGUAACUGGUGGGAGGGAGCUAAGGAAGGUGUUGAACUCGAGAACUUGUCAUGGGAGUCAUUCAAGGUUCAAUUCUUCGAGAAAUACUUUUCCAAGGACGUUCGAGCCAACAAACUCAAGGAAUUCUUGGAACUCCGCCAAGGGGAUCUCACCAUGACCGAAUACGUUCGGUUAUUUGAACGAGGAUGCUUGUACGCCCCAUUCAUCACCAAGGACGUUGAGGAAAAGAAAAAUCAUUUCACAAGGGGUUCACAACCCGAAAUUCGAAGGGACAUCCGCAUGUCCGACGCCACUACUUUUCGCCAAAUGGUGGACAAGGCACUAACGGCUGCUCAAGACGAAAAUGAAAUUCAACAAGGGAAACGGCCCCAGCCGCCCACACCACGACCAUGGAAGAAGGCCAACUUUGGAAAUCACAAAUUUAAAGGAAAGAAGGUCCAAAAUUCAAACCCUAAACCAGUAGCACCAACGACCAAGCCAACUUGCUCGAACUGCGGAAAGGCUCACUUUGGGAUCUGCGUAAAGGAUACCGAGUUGUGUUUUCGAUGCAAAAAGCCCGGCCAUAAGGCGAGAGACUGCCCCAACGCUCAAACUCGAGUCCCAGGCCGCGCGUUUGCCAUGACCCGAGAACAAGUGCGUCAAGAUCCGACGAUGAUCGCAGGUACCGUUCUUAUUCUUGGAGAACCCGUGUAUGCUUUGAUUGAUUCUGGUUCUACGCAUUCCUUUAUUUCUUCCAAUGUGUGCGUACGUCUUGGCCUAAUACCAACUCAAGUAAGCCACGAGUAUCGCAUCUCUAUGCCCUCGGGCGAAGAAAUGAUCACUGACAAAGUAGUGAAGGAUGGUCCUAUUCAAAUUCAAUCCCAACCCAUGAGUUCGAUCUCAUCGUCUUAA